UCGUCACAAGAAAACCGGGUGAACUGCUGUUGUAUAUUAUACACACACGUGCUAACGUUGCUUUAGUUAGAGGUUCAUAUCCGUAAGUAUACGUGUCGUAGAUUGUUGUUUUUGAAAGGCUUAAUUCUCUAAAAUACAAUAUAACAAUUAUGGCUGAGAUAGGAAAAGAAACCGAAUUCGACAGCCAAAUACCUUUUAAAUGCAGCUCUAAUAAUGAAGUCAAAGAAAAUGUAAUUUUAGAAGAUUACUUCAGCUCUUUUACCAAGGUUAAUAAAAUGACGUAUUUUGUGGUCAAACUAACAAAUUUGGCCCUUGUUUGCGAACCCCUUACAAAUGACCCAAAGCCCAAGAUCCAGAAGGUUGGCAUGAAUGACAUUGUAGGUUGCAGCGUGAAGAAAACUGUGGCCAAGAAUGAUGCAGGACGGAUGUUUCAAAUUCAUUUGGAAGUAUAUUAUUAUCCGGUGAUCCGGAAAUUUUGGAUAAAACAGCGUUCACGUCGUCAGCUAAACCUGAUUGUGGACAGAUCUGUUUCCUGGGAGAUAAACGAAAAAACAGCAAUAACAUGGAAGAAUGCACUUUUAUGGACAUCAUCAAAACUAGGAGAACCUGAAGACAAACUUCAUUGUCGACGUGAAAGGUCUGGUUAGAAGUCUAUCAUGGAGUGGUUGUAAGUUUCCGUAUUCGUGUAGGUAAUGAAAAUUUGUUGAGCGGGAACUUUGUAUGCGCUAGUGAGUAUUACAUUUUGUUAUUUUUGUAGGUUAGAUUUAAUUUUGGUAGGUGCAACAUUAAUCCAGGCUAGACAAGCAUA